AUGAGUACCAUUGUAGUGUAUUCAGAAAAAGACCAAGAGAUUUACAAAGUGAAAAAAGGUGUCUAUCAGAACGACUGGGACGAUUCGAUUAAGAGUUACAAUUUUUUGAAAACGAGUUGUUUCCAUGAUAGCAUUCUACUUCGUGGAAAUAAAAUUGUAAUACCACAGCAACUCUGCAAGAGUGUAUUAGAUGCUGCAUACGAGGUUCAUCCAGGUAUCGUAGCGAUGAAGGAACACUUGAGAUCAAAGGUAUGGUGGCCCCGUAUUGAUAAAGACGUAGAAAAAUUAGUUAAGGCCUGUAAAGGUUGUACGUUAGUGGGUUUGCCAAACCCACCUGCACCAAUGAAGAGACGAGAGUUGCCUGCAGCUCCAUGGAUAGAUGUCACAAUGGAUCUAAUGGGACCAUUGCCAAGUAACGAGUAUCUGUUAGUAGUGGUCGACUACUAUAGUCGAUACAAAGAAGUAAAAAAUUACAAAAACAUCACAUGCUUACAGAUUAUUAAAAUGGUAAAAGAAAUGUUCAGUUGA